GCAGGACCUCCACCCUCGGAUCAUGUCUGACGAUAAUUCCAUUCCCGCAAAAGACACGUAUCCGCCCGCGCAGUUUAUGGACUUGGCACACAUAGCUUGGGCUCAAGCAGGCGGCGAUUGCCGCAUCACCCCCCCGAAUAGGAGAGAUGAUGAAGGGAACCGGCUUCGUCAACGUGACUUGUAGACAGUUUAGGGUGCCGCUGGGCCCAUGGCCUAGGGACGAGAGGAUGAAGAAUCUUGGAAACUUGCUAAGGGCAGCAACGGAAGGGUUGGUACCCGCUAUCAU